CUCCCGGGAUUGCGGAACAUUAUAUAAAACUUCUCCACUUUAAUUAUCUUGUACAAGAUGGAGAAAAAAAAGGUAUCUGAAUAUUGAGAUUACUUAUUUUAAGUGCUCAAAGGUCUAUGUUAAUUUUGGAAAAUUAAAUUAUGGUCGCUUAAAAUCAGUUUUUUCUUUCGAGUAAAAAAAAAAAAAAAAAAAGCUCGGAGUGGAUUGAAUUUGUCAUAACAUAAGAGGGACCCGGAAGCAGACGCAGCAUUGCUUUUUAGUGUGUUGUUCUGUGUGUUUAUAUACUCAGCUGGAGUAACUAGGCAGAGCAUACAUGGGAAGUUACACAUCAGGAAUGGACGAUGGGCAAAUCUCUGUAAACGCUGUGGAGGAAGAAAUGCCGAGUAUAGGCUCUAACGAUUUGGACCCGGAGAGAGCCAGGAACUCGAAAGACGAUUCUGUCGACGUUGGUUUAGAAAAUGCACACUUUGUUAACAACGGCCAGCAAAGGAAAGUUAUAAAAACCGAUGUUGUUCUGGAUGUGCACAGGUUAGAAAUUUGUGUUGACCAAGAUGAACCAAGUGAUCAGGAAAUUGUAAUGAGACAAACAGCUGUUGACAUUUUAAAGAAAGGCUUCGGAACAUCGACACCUAUAACAAGUAAUAAUAUUAAUGAGAACAGUCAAAAAGAAAGCCGGGAUGCCUCUUCGGAUUUAAUUCUUAAAAUAGGAACAGACCAACAUGGAAAAUGUAGAGAAAGUGGAAUUAAAAACGAAUUUUGUAUAGAACAGCAUCAGGACAAGGUAGAAAAUGUCACACUGACUUCUAACGAUUACGUGAAAUGGACUUGCACAGACUCUGAUAAUGACUGUGUUACCAAUAAGGAACAUAUUUACUGCACCGUGUAUUGUAUGGCAAACGACAAUUACAGGAGAUCUCCAUUGUUAGACAGUUUAAGAGAACAAAACAGUAUGUCUGAGGAAGGGCAAAUAAUCUCACCAUCACCCUUGAGCAACCACACAAGUGGGAAUUUGCUGCAAACGGAGUCGGACUUGGAUCUUUAUUACAAUGAGCCUUUCAACAUAUCGACUGUGAUUGAUACGAAUUCUUUGGGGGACUACAAUCCCUUUAUUGUGCUGACUUGUCGCGUUUGUCUGGAAGACAAGCAUAUGAAACCGCUUCAUUGUUGUAAGAAGGCAGUGUGUGAGGAGUGUUUAAAAAGGUACCUGAGCUCACAGGUGCAGCUUGGGCAGACGGAGGUUAAGUGUCCAAUCACGGAGUGCAGUGCACACCUGGAGGAGAGCAUGGUGGUGGCUCACCUGCCUAAUGAAGAUGUGGUGAAGUACAAGUACUUCCUGGAGCUGAGCAGGAUGGGCUCCGGCACCAAGCCCUGUCCACAAUGCAAGCACUUCACAACCCUCAAGAGAAAAGGCAAUAUUCACAGCCCUAGCAAAGCUGAAAACAAGUACAAAGUCCUAUGUGAAGUGUGCCAACUUGUAUGGUGUUUUAAGUGUCACUCACCUUGGCAUGAAGGUCUGAACUGUAGAGACUACAAGAAGGGAGACAAGUUGCUGCACCACUGGGCCAGUGAAAUUGAACACGGACAGAGGAAUGCCCAGAAAUGUCCCAGGUGCAAGAUCCAUAUCCAGAGGACGGAAGGCUGUGAUCACAUGACCUGUUCUCAGUGUAACACUAACUUCUGCUACCGCUGUGGAGAGAGAUACCGCCAACUUCGCUUCUUUGGCGAUCAUACCUCAAACCUUAGCAUUUUUGGCUGUAAAUUCCGCUACCUCCCAGAGAAACCUAAUUUACGCAGAUUAGUGCGUGGUUCUGUGUGUGCAAGCAAAAUCCUUAUUGCUCCUCUGGUUAUAGUGCUGGUGCUGGUGUUUGGAGCUGUAUCUCUUGUAAUAAGUUUAAUUGUCUUUCCUAUCUACUACCUUUGUAAAAGACACAGGAAAAGGUCUCAGGGUAGCGGGAGAUGGUUUUGGUGAUGGAAACAGGCCUUGUAAGGACACAAUGAACCUGCAGAACAGAGAGCAGUUGCAUGUACCAAAUACCCACCCAUCAUCUUUGAAAUCAACUCUUGUCAGUUCUGGUCUCGAGUGGAAUGUAGCACCACUUCUCCUUGUGCACUCAGAGGUGUUUGCAAGACAAAGGCCGGAUGGCUUGUUAUUGACGUGCCUUUGUUUAAUUUAUUAUUUCACUCUAUGUAAAUGGAUACAGCCAGUCCCUUCAAUUUCCACACCUCACAACAAAUCCCCAAUCUUCCGUACCUGGAUACCAAGAAUCCACAACUCUGCUUUUGCCACUCAUCCUAUUACCUUUAAUUCAGAAAAUCUACUUCAACAUUUUGUAUACAACUGAUGCUGGUAGUUACGAGAGGAAUGCAGGCUUCAGAGCUUUGCCCAAUGUGUGUAUUUUAUAUAAAGCUAUGGCCAAAAUUUUUCCAUCACCUAUAAUUUUAGGAUUGAGACAUAAUAAA